AUGACGAUAUUUGAAGGUAUAUUCGUAAAUGGAGAGAAAGGAGAGGGUGAUCCAUCUUCUAAUCACACAUUUGAUUUGUGCAGCCAGAAUAAUGGUGGCAAUAAUACUCUAUCAUGCACAAAAACAAUCGCCACAGAUCCAUCAGACCAGAAACCAAUAUGCGAUUUCUCAGACCAAAGAUCAGACAUCUGCGAGCUUUCAGGCACCAUCCGAAUCCACGGAAACUCAUCAUCCAUCAUCUUCUCCCCAUCCAAUCCCUCGCAGCAACGACACUCAUGGACCAUCAAACCCCAUCCCCGCAAAGGAGAUCAAACCGCUCUAGCCCAUGUCACAGAAAUCACAGUAAAAUCUUCUCCCAACCAAAAUCAAACCCCUCCCUGCUCCAUCAACCACACCAUCCCCUGCAUCGUUUUCUCCAGCAUCGUCUUCUCCACCGGCGGCUACAUGGGCAACCUCUUCCACGACUUCACCGACAUCCUCAUCCCUCUCUUCAUCACAGCAACCAGUUUCAGAACCCAAGUUCAGUUCAUCAUCAGCAAUGUGCAGCCAUGGUGGCUAGCCAAGUACAAGCCCUAUCUCCAUCAGCUCUCUAGCCACGAAAUAAUCAAGUUUGAUGAUAUGGAAAACGUCCUCUGUUUCCCACGUGCGAUAGUGGGUCUGAGGAAGCACAGGGAGAUGGGGAUUGAUUCUUCAAGAGCUCCAAACUCAAUUUCCAUGGCCGACUUUGCUGCAACGAUGAGAAAAUCAUACGGGUUGGAAAGACACAAAGCAAUCAAACUGAGAGAAAAUGAUCAUCAAGUCAAUAAACCGAGGCUUCUAAUCAUAGCAAGGAAGUUCACUCGUUCCUUCAUGAACAUAAAUGAGAUAGUAAAAAUGGCUGAAGAAGUAGGAUUUGAAGCAGUGAUUGCGGAAGCAGAGGUUUCUUCCAAUCUUUAUAAGUUCGCACGCGUGGUAAACUCGUGCGACGUGAUCAUGGGAGUGCAUGGAGCCGGGCUGACUAAUCUCGUCUUUCUUCCGGCCAAUGCGGUGGUGAUACAGAUAGUUCCAUUGGGGGGGUUGGAGAACAUUGCUUGGAUUGAUUUCGGGAGGCCAGCGAUGGAGAUGAAGAUGAGGUAUUUGCAGUAUGGGAUUGGGGAGGAGGAGAGCAGUUUGAUAGACGAGUUUGAUAGGGAGGGGCCGGUGUUUAGGGAUCCUGGGUCGAUACAGAGGCAGGGGUGGAUGGCGCUGAGGAAGAUAUAUUUGGAUCGACAGAAUGUGAGGCUUGAUGUGAAGAGGUUUAGGAGUGUUUUGGUUCAGGCUAUUCAGUUUUUGCAUUAGGGGGUUUUAUGAAAUUCAUGCCUAAUUCUUCUGUAUUUACAUGUGCUCAAUUACAUGUAAAUUUUGUUUUUAGCAUUUA